AUCAGCGCUGACACGAGCACAGACAGGAGAGUUCAGCUGCAGGGGCUGCUUGAAACACCAGGUCUUGGUGAGGUCUGAGUGGACGGAAACUUCAUUUCUGUGCUGUAUUUUCCCGUGAGCUUUUGGAGAACAUGGCCUCUCAGAGAAGUGAGGAGGCUGUGUGACCUUUGAGAGAGAUGAAUAUUAACAGAGGUUUCUCCUAGUUUUGACGAGAGGACAUUGAUGAGUCACUAUGGGAGACUGGAACUUGCUGGGGAAGCUGCUGGAGAGCGCUCAGGAACACUCCACCGUCGUGGGUAAGGUCUGGCUCACGGUGCUGUUCAUCUUCCGCAUCCUAGUUCUGGGAACAGCCGCCGAGAAGGUGUGGGGUGACGAGCAGUCCGGCUUCACGUGUGACACCAAGCAGCCCGGUUGUCAGAACGUCUGCUAUGACAAGACCUUCCCCAUUUCUCACAUCCGCUUCUGGGUGAUGCAGAUCAUCUUCGUCUCCACGCCAACACUCGUUUAUCUGGGCCACAUCCUCCAUCUGGUUCGCAUGGAGGAAAAAGAGAACCAGAAGCUGAAGGAACUUGAAAUCCAGAAUGAAAACCAGCAGCAGCUGUUGAGCAAGGCAGCCAAGAAGACCUCAGUGAAAGACAAUCAGGGCCACGUCCGUUUGCAAGGUGCACUGCUGCGAACAUACGUCUUCAACAUUAUUUUUAAGACUCUGUUUGAAGUGGCUUUUAUAGUAGCUCAAUACUUCCUGUACGGGUUUGAACUGAAGCCUAUGUACACCUGUGACCGCUGGCCUUGCCCCAAUAUGGUGAAUUGCUACAUCUCCAGACCCACAGAGAAGACAGUCUUCAUUAUUUUCAUGCUGGGCGUGGCUUGUGUCUCUUUGCUGCUCAAUCUGGUGGAAAUGUAUCAUCUGGGUUUCACAAAGUGUCAUCAGGGUCUUCGUUACAGACGAUCCCGGGCCACAAAUGCAGCUCCCAAAUCCCCAAAUGAGGCUGUCCCACCUUUUGCUCCAAACUACACCUACCUUACCAGUCACACGCUGUCACACGAACCGUUCUCUGCAGAUUCCAAGUUCAACGUGGCAGAGCCAAACUCUGCCUACAACCCUUACAACAGCAAAGCAGUUCACAAGCAGAACAGAGACAACCUGGCUGUGGAGAGGAAAAGCAGAGCUGAAGGGGAUGAUUCAGAGAAGACCAAGUCCUCCAGUCCUGCCUCUGAGGCUCCUGCUGAAAGCCAGCGCAGAAACAGUCAAUCAAGCAAGCACAGUAACAACAAAAGCAGGCUAGAUGACCUGAAGAUCUGAGGAUCUUCUAUCUUUUCAUGCAAGUCUGAGGUCUAACUUUCUCGUUGUGAAAAUUGUGUUUGGAAAUUAAAACCAGCUGUAACAUCCACCAUUUUUUAUCUCAACAUUUAACAAGUGCCUGGUAGAGUUUCUGGGAUUUUGCUCGGAGUCUAUGAUGUGGGAGGUCUGUGAAAUGUACAUCGAUUUUUAGAAAGCAAGCAUCUGGUAAAAAUCAAGUCUCAAAUCUUUACAAGGACAAGCUAAGCCUUGGUUAGCAUUUCAAGAAAGCAAUUCUAACUUAGGGUUUAGCUGGUUCUUAAAACUCAGACAAAUGGUAAAUGGCGUAUAAUUAUAAAGCUCUUUACUACCGUCUUAGGAGACUCAAAUUGUUUUACAGUCACACUCCCAUCCAGCAAUACACACACACUCAUUGCGGCUCAGCUGCCAAGCACUGGCACCAACCUAUAACCACAAAGAGAAAUGUGGAGUUUAGUGUCUUACCCAAAGACACUCUGACACAUUGGGGAAACGGGUGGGAACCCAACCUACAAUCAUCUGAUCAGAGGUCGACCGCUCUACCUCUGCCGCCCCCGAAUUUACAGGGUCCAAAAGGAUGAAGAAGAUCAAAGUGAAAGAA